AUGGAGGGGACCCCGCGACAAUCACCGUUAACAAUACCAACCCGCGUUGACUCCAAAUUCUCCCUCGUCAGCACUGCGUCAUCUUCUGUUACUACUGCCUCUAUUAGUGGUUCGUCGUUUGCGACCGCCGCUAAAACAAAGGAAUACAUGGAAUCUCUACGUCCUCCUUCACCAAAACAAUUUGAACGAAUUGCUUUUGUUCAACAUCAGCGCGAACAAGAAACAAAGCGCAGAAAUCGUGAACGCAGAAGAUGGUCCCGCGAAGUCCAGCGUCAGCGAGACAGAGCAGCUAGUAUGUCAACCAACAACAGUCAGGACGAUCAGGCGCAAGCUGCGCGCACUAUACAAAAGACAUUUCGGGGCUACCGCGCAAGAAGAGAACUCGAGGGAUUUGGCUUAGACGCAAGUACACGAUGGGUUACAGCGAUACGUGAGGCGCAAUUUCGAAACGCAACAAUACCAAGGCCCAGAAUAGAAUUAGACAACGAUACUACCGACAAAUCAGAAGAAGAUCAUGUUGCGAAACAUAAAUCAGCGAAUGCUCGCGAGAAGUGGAAGAAGGCCAGUGCGAUCGCACGACGAGCUGGCCAUGAUGAUCUGUUAUCCGAUUCCUCUGAAUCUGAAUCUUCUUCAGAUGAAGAUGCCUCACCCGAAGAACGAGCUGCUGCACGAGCGCGGCGGGAGAAAGCCACCGCUGCUCGCAGGCAUGAGGCGCGCAUGAUGGGCAUCCGAUACUUUCUCGAAAUGGUAGAUCAGAAACACCGCUAUGGAAGCAAUCUAUGCAGAUAUCAUGAAGUCUGGAAGCAAACAGAUACCAACGAGAAUUACUUUUACUGGCUCGACUACGGCGAAGGUCGCAAUAUUGAGAUUGACGGCUGUCCGAGAGACAGACUCGAAAGAGAGCAAGUUCGAUAUCUUUCUCGUGAGGAGCGCCAAUACUACUUAGUCGAAGUCGACAAUGAAGGAAGACUAUGCUGGGCAAAGAACGGCCAGCGCAUUGAUACUACAGAGCAGUUCAAGGAUAGUAUGCAAGGCGUGGUACCUUUGGAUGAUCCCACACCAGCCUUCAAUGCUGCUGCUCGGUCAACAGAUUCGAAUUCCCACGAUUAUGCUAGUAGCUCAAGUUCGGAAUCUUCACUCGAGUCUGAACGAGAAGCAGACCGGGCGGCUAAGUAUGCAACUCCUGGUUACGACAACAAGCAGGGUAUGCACAAGGUAUCACAGAUUUCAGCAUCCACGAUAUUCAACAAAAUGAUGCGCAAGUCCGUUAGAAAAAACACUUGGAUAUUUGUCGCCGAUACAAACUUUCGGAUGUAUGUUGGUAUCAAGGACUCGGGCGCAUUUCAACAUUCGUCCUUCCUACAGGGUAGUCGAAUUUCAUCAGCAGGUCUCAUCAAGAUCAAGAAUGGUCGACUCUCGUCCUUGUCUCCGUUAAGUGGACAUUACCGCCCUCCAGCAAGUAACUUCCGCGCUUUCGUCCAUAGUCUUCGCCAGUCUGAGGUGGACAUGUCCCACGUGUCUAUCUCCAAGUCGUACGUGGUGCUCAUCGGUUUGGAGUCAUAUAUCAAGACCAAGCGGAAGGGCAAGGAUUUAGCGCAACGCGUGUCACACAGAAAAGACAAAAUUGUGGCUCCUGAAGAAGCAGCACGCCGGGAGGAGGAGGCCAAGGACAAAAGUGAAAGCGCAGCGAAAGAAAGAGAGGUGCUUCAACGAGAAGAGGAGGAGAAACAAGAGGGCAGGCCAGUGAAGAAGGUCUUAAAGAAGCUCGGUAUCAAGCCAACAAAGGAGGAGAAGCAAGCUUCCAAGAGAGAAAAGAAGGAGGAUGUUGAGGAAAUGCAUGUGUGA